AAAAAAAAAAAAAAAAAAGACAGAAUGAAACCCACCACCAUCGCAACCCUCCUCGCCACCGCGGCAACGGCAGCAGCAGCAGCCUCCCCCGUCGUCCUCCCCCGCGCGUCCGGACCCUUCCAACUCAGCGACAUCAGCGCCCAAGUCUCGACCACCACCAACACCGGCUCCAUGUACCUGAUUGUCGUGGAUACGAAUGAGCAUGACAUCGCGACGGGGUGUAAUGUUACCUGGACCCCCACCCCCGGCCUCACCCCCGGCACCGUCGUCCCCUGCGACUACGCCGCCUACGCCCUCUCCUUCCCGGACGGACUGUAUGCGGACAUCGCGGACAUCUAUCUCGUGAUCGAAACCACCGCGGAGAAUAUCCUCAGCGAGUCGGCAAAUAUCACCCUGGAUGCGGCGGCGAGUGACUCCCCGUGGAUCUGUGGGGGCGUGGAGGAGGGCGUCGGCGAGACGAAGUGCGAGUAUGAUGGGUUUGUUGAUGUGGUUGUGGGGAGUGGUGUUUAGAUUUGGG